UUCUUCAACUCCAUCCACAUCCACAAAGAUUGGUCUCAACUCAAGUAUGCAAAUGGCAAGCCCCAUUCUAUUAAUUCAGUUGGUGCUUCUCCACCAAUCAUGGGCUUCCCCGACCUCGUACAAUGUAGUGGAUUUAGGAGCAAAGGGUGAUGGCAAAACCGACUCCACAUCCGCCAUGUCCAAAGCAUGGAACCAAGCUUGUGCCUCUACAAAACCCUCCACCAUCUACAUUCCACAAGGCACAUUCUUGCUCAGGACUCUACACUUUAGGGGUCCAUGCAACAACCCAGACAUCGCCAUCACCAUCGCCGGCACCCUCCUCGCCCCGUCCGCCUACAUUGCCGCCGCCAACUGGCUGCUCUUCGAGGGCGUCGACGGCGUUUCCAUCCGCGGCGGCACCCUCGACGCCCAGGGAGGCAGCUUGUGGGCCUGCAAGAAAUCCGGCAGAAACUGCCCUCGUGGUGCUACGACAUUAGGCAUUACCAAAUCCAAGAACAUCGAAAUAAGUGGAUUGACAUCCCUAAAUAGCCAAAUGUUCCACAUUGUGAUAAACGGAUGCCAAAAUGUGAAAUUACAAGGAGCCAAAGUAAGGGCGCCGGAAAAUAGCCCCAACACCGACGGAAUCCACGUUCAGCUCUCGACGGCCGUCACCAUUCUCAAUUCGGUAAUCCGCACCGGAGAUGACUGCAUCUCCAUCGGGCCGGGCACCGCCAAUUUGUGGAUCCAAAAUGUCGCCUGCGGCCCCGGCCACGGCAUCAGUAUCGGAAGCUUGGGCAAGGGACUAGAAGAAGCCGGUGUACAAAAUGUGACGGUUAGAAGUGUAAAGUUUGAGAACACACAAAAUGGUGUGAGAAUAAAGACGUGGGGAAGACCAAGCAAAGGGUUUGUGAGAAAUGUUUUGUUUGGACAUGUCCUCAUGAACAAUGUCCAAAAUCCCAUUAUCAUUGACCAAAAUUACUGCCCAAAUAACCAAAAUUGCCCCGGACAGGUAUCCGGGGUGAAAAUUAGUGAUGUCAUUUACCAAGACAUUCGAGGCACAUCAGCAACUGAAGUUGCGGUGAAAUUUGAUUGUAGUAAGGCUAAUCCGUGCCGGAGAAUCAAGCUCAAAAACGUCAAUUUGAGUUACAGAGACCAACGGGCUCGAGCGUUGUGCUCCAACGCUGCCGGCACGGCCGCCGGUCGGAUCGAACCGUCCAGCUGUUUGUACUGAUCGGUUGGUUCAGCUAUGUUCAACUGGCCUUAAUUGCACGUAUAUAAUACCUACCAACAUUUUAAGUUUUGUUUGAUACAAGUUCGGAAAUUAAAAUCACAUAUAUUUGGG